CGCAGUGCCAUCGGCUGCCAGCGCUGGGCAGGCAGGGAGGCAGGGAGCGGCGCUCGCGCGCCUCGGGCCCUAGAGGAGACAGCGCGGGGCUGGGCCGGGGCCGCAGGAACCAUGACGACCUCAGGAAAAGAGAAUUUCCGACUGAAGAGCUACAAGAACAAAUCCCUGAAUCCUGAUGAAAUGCGUCGCAGGCGAGAGGAAGAGGGUCUUCAGCUGCGUAAGCAAAAGAGAGAGGAGCAGUUAUUUAAACGCCGAAAUGUCGCAACAGCUGAAGAGGAAGCGGAGGAGGAAGUAAUGUCUGAUGGUGGCUUCCAUGAGGCUCAAAUGAACAACAUGGAAAUGACUUCUAGUGCUGUUAUCACCUCUGAUAUGAUCGAGAUGAUUUUCUCCAAUAGUCCAGAACAGCAGCUGUCAGCUACUCAGAAAUUCCGAAAGCUUCUUUCUAAAGAACCAAAUCCUCCAAUAGAUGAAGUCAUAAGCACACCAGGCGUGGUGGCAAGAUUUGUGGAGUUCCUCAAACGGAAAGAAAACUGCACAUUACAGUUUGAAGCUGCCUGGGUGCUGACAAAUAUUGCCUCGGGGAAUUCCCUUCAGACUCGAAUAGUGAUCCAAGCAGGAGCUGUUCCCAUCUUCAUAGAGCUGCUUAGUUCAGAGUUUGAAGAUGUACAGGAACAGGCAGUAUGGGCUCUUGGCAACAUUGCUGGAGACAGCACAAUGUGCAGAGACUAUGUACUGGACUGUAAUAUUUUGCCUCCCUUACUGCAAUUACUUUCAAAACAGAAUCGUAUCACUAUGACCCGAAAUGCUGUAUGGGCUCUAUCCAAUCUCUGCAGAGGGAAAAAUCCUCCUCCAGAUUUUGCCAAGGUUUCACCUUGUCUUAGUGUGCUCUCCUGGCUGCUCUUUGUCAAUGAUACAGAUGUAUUAGCUGAUGCCUGCUGGGCUUUGUCCUAUUUGUCUGAUGGCCCCAACGAUAAAAUCCAGGCUGUGAUUGAUGCAGGAGUCUGCAGAAGACUUGUGGAAUUGCUGAUGCAUAAUGACUAUAAAGUAGUAUCUCCUGCCUUACGAGCUGUUGGGAACAUUGUCACAGGAGAUGAUAUCCAGACCCAGGUAAUUCUAAAUUGUUCUGCCCUGCAGAGUUUACUGCAUUUGCUAAGCAGCCCUAAAGAAUCUAUCAAAAAGGAAGCCUGCUGGACAAUAUCUAAUAUAACAGCUGGAAACAGAGCCCAGAUCCAGACAGUCAUUGAUGCUCAUAUCUUUCCAGCUCUUAUAAAUAUUUUGCAAACGGCUGAGUUUCGAACAAGGAAGGAAGCAGCUUGGGCAAUCACAAAUGCAACAUCUGGGGGCUCUGCUGAACAGAUCAAAUAUUUAGUGGAAUUGGGAUGCAUCAAACCACUCUGUGACCUCCUUACCGUAAUGGACUCAAAGAUUGUGCAAGUGGCACUGAGUGGGCUGGAGAACAUCUUGAGGCUUGGAGAGCAGGAAUCCAAACGCAGUGGCGCCGGCAUUAAUCCUUACUGCGCUCUUAUUGAGGAAGCAUACGGCCUCGACAAAAUUGAGUUCCUCCAGAGCCAUGAGAAUCAAGAGAUUUAUCAGAAGGCAUUUGAUCUGAUUGAGCACUACUUUGGAACAGAGGAUGAAGACAGUAGCAUUGCCCCACAGGUGGAUCUCAGCCAGCAACAGUACAUCUUCCAGCAGUGUGAGGCGCCCAUGGAAGGCUUCCAGCUCUGAGGUGCCUCUGUGCCGUGUGCUCCUCUACCUAGCCAAUCCUGUUGUCGAGCCACAAGCCACCUGUGGAGUGAUUCUCUCAGUGUUUUCCAUAACCCUGUUUGCGCUCAUUUGCUUGCCUUGUGCACAUUCUCUUACAUACGUCUGGAAAACUUUUGGCUCUCUGUGGCAGGAUGCCCCCUUCUUGGCAAGGGGUUGCCCGAAUCACACUUCUUCUCUAGAUUCUGAACCUCUCCACUGUCAUCUUCAUGAGGUUGAGGCACAUUUCUAUACUUUGAGAUAUUCCCUGCUCCUAUUACAGGAAAAGAAUCCCACCUCCACUAGCCCCCCGCACUCCUGGCAUCCAAAGUAAGGCUGCCUUUCUCAUGUAUUUACUGCAGUGUGUGCCUGCAGUUCCAGGGAGACUUUCAGACUUUCUGAGAACGUGGCUGAAUUCAUUUCCCACACUUUUCUCUGGAUGCCUCCUCGGAUCGCUGUGUGAGUUGCGUUAAAUCUUCAUAUGGAAUGUAUCUCCUUCGCUGUAUGUGCCAGCUGGAGCUAUUGGAAUAUAGAUCGUUACAAAUAAUGGAAUAAGUCUUCUAUCCCCUGCAACAACAAGCUCCAAUGGAUGUGUUUUCUGGUUUUUAAGAAUACUGAACACACAUGGCCCUACCCCUUCUCAACACUGAGCUCUCAAUGUGGACUGCAGACCACUGUGGAGAUCUGCGUACCUUCUCAGUCUUUCCAUCCACAAAAAGGAACCUGUGAAUAGGUCACUCCUACCACCUCCCCAGAAAUGACUUUUUGAAAUAGCUUUUAGAAUGGAGAAACUACUCUCAUUUUGCUUGCCAGCACAGUAUAAUCCGGCCAGGCCUACCUUAAAAUCCAGCCCUUCCUGACUUUGUGCUACAAAGUCUGGUCCUUGGUUGUAAAGUUAUGGCUGAAAAAUUUCUAUUGCCUCUUAACAUUUUUACACAGCUUGACUUGAACUGAGUUCUGAAAAAUUACCUUCUGAACACAAAAUCUUAAUUUGUAAAACUUAGCACAGGGAGUGUUAGAUCUCCUUUUCAUUUUCACAAGACAAGAGCUUCCUUUCCAACUUGCCUAAAAGAGUCCUACUGGUCAAGCCUCAUAUUUAAGAACUAAAAUGACUCUAUGCUCAAAGGAUAGUCAAUAUUACACCCAGAUCCACCUGGCCCUUUCAUUUCAUUAUUUCUUCUGCUGUUUAUGGGACUUCAGGUGAACUGGCAUGGAAUGCUUGAUUCCUACAGGUGACAUCUGUAAGGCAUUGCUGACUGCAUGACAGCUGUCAUCCACAGCUGUAGACUGCCCUUCUGCUAGCAGCAUGUUCUUGGCUCCGCAAGAUGCUUGGAUCACAGACAUCUGAUGCAAAGGCCGGCCACUCCUCACUGAGUUCAGCUGACAUUGACACCAAGCUCUUCAAAAAGGGGGACAUGCCAUGUGAUUGUAAGUGGCAGUUCCAUUUCUGUAAAGGCAAUGGAUUCUCCAGGCUGUCUGCCUCCCUCAACCCCAGCAAUGGGCUAUGUUCUUUCAAGCCAUUUGGAACAUCUGCAACACACAUUUGUCCAGUGUAAACAUUUCAAAAAUGCCUCUGAUAUCUGCAGUGUCAUGUACCUGUGGUAAAUGUUAGUGGCAGAACUGUCUGCAAGAUCCUCCUCAUGACUCCUCUCAGUGACAAGCCACUGCAAAAGCAAAAAACAGUCCACUGUAUACAGAUAAUACAAAUAUAUAAAAUGCUUGUCAAAGUGCUGAAAGAAGCUAGGCAAAGGCCUGAACGCAUCAACUCUGCGUCAUCAUUAUCUAAAUACAAUCUUUGUUUCUGUCUGUGCUUCAGGAUGGAGACUGACCUGUGUGGCUGCUGCAGAAGCCACCUGCUGCCUCCCUAGCUAAGCCAGUUGGCCUCCCCCUUCCCUCUCCCAGUUAUUUUCUAGUGCUGCUUUGUGCUGAAGGAACAUUUAGUUUACUGCACUUGAUCUGUAAAUGAACUUUGAUUCUUUGUAAUCUUAGGGGGUUAAAUUUGGUGGUUAAUUUAAAAACAAAAACCCUCAAUGUUGCCUUUACAUCACAUAUAAAUAACUGUGUUUCUCUUUUCUUGAAGGGUGAUAGAAGCACUGAUUAGUAGCAAAAUCUUGUUUUAGCUUUUGGAUUUUUUUGUGCUGGAUUUUUUUACGUGUAAAUUUCCAAUAACAUGUCAUUUCUAUAAGAUUUGUUUAAAAUCAUUUACCUCUUAUUGGAUGGUAUAAAAAUGCUACAUAUUUUGUAAACAAAUCUGAGCAAAGUGUGUGUGCAUAUAUUCUGUAUAUUCAUAUAUGUAUAUUCUGUGUAUAUAUACACUUGUGUGUAUAUAUACAUAUGUACACACACACGUGUAUAUAUAUAUACACACACAUGCGUAAGUGUGUAUAUAUAUACAUAUCUAUAUAUCUAUAUAUAUAAGUGUUUUCUCUUCCAGGCUAGUGAAAACAAUGUGGUGCAUUGGCAUUUCCCUCCCCUGCCCCCAAGAGAAAAAUGACAAUUGCCUCUAAAUGAGCAAAUUAAAAAAUGAGUCCAUUUAAGCUGAAUGGUGUGCCUUCCUGUGUAAGGAGCCUAGCCAGUGUUGUUACUUUUGCAGUGGAUAUGUGAAUUCAGAGCAGAUAAGUAUAAAUCUUUAAACUUGAUAUGUUUGUUUGAAGUGACAGGCUUGGUUGACACAGGUAAUAUUGUUGUUGUAUAUACUUACACUGUGUAAAGCAUUUGACUGGUACUGCAUUAUAUUUUGACUGAGAACUAAAACAAUACAGAAGUCAAUGUGGCACACAUUAAAUGGAUUAAAAUGUGGCUAAACUCAUAGGUCUCAAUUUGAUUUUAAAUGGUGCUCAAUUGAAUGUAUUUUCAUCAGGAUCUUCCAGCAACCAGUUCUUGUCUUUGCUUUAUUUAGUCUUACUAAUGACUUGAAAAGAAACAAAAUUUCUAACGAAGGCUGCAAAUUACGUCAGUGUGGAAGGGAGUACAGACUUGUGCAUUAUGAAAGGGAGAGCUUACUGAUACAGACUGAUCAGAAUUACUUGGUAAACUAAGAGCAGUCCAACUGUUUGUAUUUUGAUAGAGCCAAAUGCGUGGUGUAACAUACCCAUCUAAUAAAUAACAUUCGGGCCCCAUGUAAAGACUCUGUUUUGGAAGAUAAGUGCUUCUGAAAAAAUGUGAGGAUCCUCUUACAUUACCACUUGACCAUUGAUUGCCUGGCAUGAUUCUGUAUGGCUAACGUAGUUCUCAUAGGUAUAAAAAGAGACCUUUGAGUAGAAAUGGGGGGAAAUGCAUCAACUUCAUAUUCAGCUUUGUUGAAACUUUUUUUACAGGAACGUUCUCAGUGUUGCUAUAAGGACUUAAAAGAAGGAUGCUAAAAACUAGGAGCAACAACUGUUUGAAAAGGUUUGAAGUUCCUUUCAUGUUAUGUGGCAAACAGGAACGAGCUACUGUUAACUCUGUUGGUAAAGUUUCCAGUGGUACAUGGCAGGCAAGAUUGCUCUCUUGCAUUCAGGAUACGCGAGAUGGUAGGGCAGAAAGUUGCUGAAACUUCAGUAACUGAAGCAGGGCCAGUGCCUGGGGCUUCUGGGAAUACACAGGCAAAACAAUUAUUUGAGGCAACUGCUGCCUGGGGACUAGCUUGUUAUUUUAUUUCUGUGUCUGUUCUUUGAUGCUACCAAAUACUGGUGGUUGAAGUCCUGUCUCUUAAUCUUAAGGGAAAGGAGGAAGGCACUGACCCUGGAAAACAGGUGUCUUUGACCCUGCAUUUCUAUAACAAGCAGCAUUAAGACUGUUGAAGAACCAGCCCCCCCCACCCAGCUCCAAAAGUGACAGUGCUCAUGGCUGUGCGUCACUGUGCUUCCCUGAGGAUUUCUGGGACUACUGGUGUACCUUUGGGCAACUUGCAUCUCUGAGAAGCUUUAAGUAAUUCCCUGUGUUUUCCAGUAUGGUUUCUUUUCGUCUGGAAUUGUCACAACGUGUGAUUAGUACUUUCCUAUGUCUAUUUUAGGAAGGAAACAUUAAGAUCUUUAGAUAUCUGAAUCUUAGUAGGAAAAUAAGUAAGAUCUUUUUUUGUACUACUGUGACAAUGUCCUUAGGGCUCCUGCAUGGUCUUCUGAGGCAGCAUUCAAGUUGGCAGAUUGAGCACUGGAUUGAGACAUAUAUGGAACAGGUACAGUUAAAAGGUGCAUGGUGUGGAAUUAGUAAUUUCACUUUCUGGAAUAAAAGUAAAUGGUGUUUCAGACUAAGCUAAAGGGGAGGAAAAAAAUGAAGUGUUGUUCUAAGUUCUUAAUGUUCUUUUUCAUCGUGAAGUGUUAUAAACAGCAUAGGCUAAAGGUAUGACCUAACCAGGUGGUGCAGGGUAUUCUCGUUAGCUGCACAUUACUGCCUAAGCAGCCAGUCUAAUGUAUACAUAUAUUUCUUAAACAUUUGUCUGUGUUCAGAAAUGCUUUCACGGAAGCUAUCACACUGUGAAAGUUGAGUGUUUCUUUAUUCCUCUCAUAAAGAUUAAUGUUUAUGUUACCAAACUACUUGCAAAAAAAAAAAAAAAAAAAACCAAAACCCAAAA